GGUUGGACUCUGUUUCGUGUUGGUGAUCGUCCCAACGAGCGGCUCAUGAAGCAGCGACCCAGACGGGAUUAUCAACAGCACAAACUGGUGAACUAACGAGCAUUAUUCUGUUUUCACUUCUUCUCGGACCGCACCGACAUUUCCAUCCGACCGACGGGACUUUACAUGGCAGCCGGCUGCUCCGCCCUGCUUCACCCUCUCAUCCCCGCCUCGGAACUAACGGGAUGACGGAGGGAACCAGCCUCCUCACGUACCGGCACGGGGAGGCGACGUUCACGGGCCGCAGGAAUUUCUAACAAGCCGCUGCAGCAGCGAGAUUUGAAGUGUCUUUCAUUUUGUGAGACGUUUCCAUCUUUUCCUGAAUGGUAGACCAACCUUCACCGCCAUGACAGGAAUGAGAUGAUGUGCCAAUGAGAACAUCUCUAUCAAUGUGAUACGGUCUCAGAUCAUCAGAUCAGAACAUCCAUAUAACGGUUAUUCUGACAUCACGAUGCCGGCCGUCUCCAUCACCUCGUGUCUCUGGACUACAGCGGUCUGACAGACGUUCUGGUUCCCCCUGUGGGAAAGAACAGAGCUACUGGAGUGCGGCGGUCCGCCAGCAUCAUGGACUACCACGCCGAGUGCUGCUUCUGCGACCCCGAGGAGGGUCACGGCGGCCCGGACGAGCCGCCCCUCCACAGCAUCCACGCACCUAAUCGGAUCCGCCCGUCCUCCUACCGAGCCCUGAGGAGCGCCGUGUCCAGCCUGGCCCGCAUCGACGACUUCUUCUGUGAGAAGAUCGGUUCAGGCUUCUUCUCUGAGGUCUUUAAGGUGCAGCAUCGGAUCACGGGGCAGGUGAUGGCGCUGAAGAUGAACACUCUGGCUAGCAACAAAGCUAACAUGCUACGAGAAGUGCAGCUCAUGAACAGGCUUUGUCACCCCAACAUACUCAGGUUUCUAGGGGUGUGUGUCCAUGAAGGUCAACUCCACGCCCUGACUGAGUAUAUAAAUGGAGGCAACCUGGAGCAGCUGCUGGACAGCGACCUGUACCUGUCGUGGUGCGUCAGGAUGGGUCUGUCUCUGGACAUCGCCCGAGGGCUCCACUACCUGCACAGCAAGGGCAUAUUCCACAGGGACCUCACCUCCAAGAAUUGUCUGGUUCGCUGUGAUAACGGCGCGUUCACAGCGGUGGUGGGAGACUUUGGCCUGGCAGAGAAGAUCCCUGAUUACAGCGAUGCUGCGGGGAAGCAGCCUCUGGCCAUCGUGGGCUCCCCCUACUGGAUGGCCCCGGAGGUUCUGAGAGGGGAGCUGUACGAUGAGAAGGUGGACGUGUUUGCGUUUGGCAUCAUCCUGUGUGAGAUCAUCGCCCGCAUUGAAGCCGACCCUGACUUCUUACCCCGCACAGAGGACUUUGGUCUGGACGUGGAGGCAUUUGAGAACAUGGUUGGCGAUUGUCCGGCUGCGUUCUUGAGCCUCGCUGUCACCUGCUGUAAUAUGAGUGCGGAGAGGCGUCCCUCGUUCUCUGACAUUGUCCUCACGUUGGAAGGGAUGGAGGGAGAAGAACAGAAAGAGGCGUCCAUUGCACUCGAACCGGUGGCGGUACAGGUCAGCCCGUAUCGGCGCCGCAGCUCUCCGGGUCACCCCGGCGACCGAAGCCGGCAACGCCACGGCUUGGCGAGGAGCCAGUCGGACAUGUUACCCUCGGUGACCCUGACCUCUCCUCUCCUGGGGACCCCCCCGCGGGUCAACCCCUUCUCUCUGAGACAGGACCUAAAUGGGGGGCGUUGUAAACUUUUAGACACACCCAGCAAGUCGGUCAUCUCCUUGACCUUUACCCUCCCGGCGCUUCAGGACCCAUGUUCCUCCCCCCACCUUCUCAGAGGGAUGCCCGGGACGCGAGCUCUUCCCAGGAGAUGCCAGUCCCUCCCGUGUACUCCAGAGUUCAGCCGGACUCUUCCCUUGCUACGGUACACUGAGAGGAAGGAGGAGGGAGAGGAGGAGGACGUCAGAUCGGCACUAAGAAGAGGGACGGUGGAGGAUGUGGAGGACGACAUAAGGGAGGACAUAGAGGGGUCAGAAAGGACGAGUGAAAGCCUGCAUGUGGAGCUAAUGGAUAUAACUGAGAAGAGAGAGUUGGUAAAGGAUGAGCACAGGACGGGAGAGGACGCAGGACUUCCUGUGGAGCUGGAGAUGUUGUCUUUGGCGCGGCUGGAGGAGGUGGAGGAAGAGGAGGGUGUAUGUCCAACAGAACCCAUGGACUGUACCAAGUCUCCGGAGCCAGCAGAUGGAGGCAUGGAGUGCUCACCUAGUCGGCCCCUGCUCAUCUCCUCCUCUUUGCAGACCAAUGGCUGGCGACUUCCCAACUCCAAUGGACCGCCCUCCUCGCCAGCUCCGCCACCACUGGACAACGGCUCGGCCCUUGUGAUUGGCCAGCAGGUGCAGUGGGGCGGAGGAGGGCGUGCCAAUGGUUACAGCGAAGCCCAGAACUCUGAGCAGGAUGAGGUCAUUUCCUGUCCAGGCUGCUGCCUGGUAGGUCUGAGUUUUCCCUUUGUGUGCCUCCGUGGCUCAGCGGCUGUGCCUGCCCCCCGGCGAAGGGCCUCGUUACCGCGGCAACGACCCUACCGUAACCUUAACGUUACCAUAACCGGCAGCGCCCCCUCAACAACGGCCUCCACGGCAACCAAAGCUCUACUCUGUCGCAGCACUAAUGGACUGGCAGUGGGUGGGCCCUCGGCGUCUUGUGGACCCGGGCGGUCCCUGCCGGAGGCCCAGUCAUAGAGGGGCAGCGCCUCAUUAUGUGGAAAUCCCGCCCACUGGGGGGGAAAACAUUCGCCCACACAAAAUGCAACCAGGGGAUGAAAGGUUGACGUGUGCCAGCUGCUAGCUGAAUGUGUCUCCAUCGGUGGCGACGCGUUAGCUGUUAGCGAGCUAAUGCUCUCUAUGUGUUGGCAGGUAGACUGUGCCUACUAAGGCAAACUGAUCAACCCACAUACCGAUAACGCCGCAGACUGUCUGAAUGCACAAUACAAACUGGAUAGAGAACCAUAGAAUGGUUUUCCCCUCCGGCGGGGGCGGGACUUAUUUGGGCUGUGUCUCUUUAAGAAUAGCGAAGGGGGAUUUGGUUGCGGCGGCUGCGGUUCUGACUAAAUGGGCCGAGCAGCUCCACAACUGUGCUCGGCUUCUGGAGAAAGUAUUUAUGUAGUUCUGGCCGUCAUUUCUAUCUGUAAUAAUAAUGUGCUGUCAUCUGUGACCAUUCGACCCUGUGUUAGCGUAACUACGAUUACAUUCAGACUGUUCCUACUUCUCAGUGUUUAUUUGAUCCUAAUCAUAGUUAUAAAUGACGGCCCGAACUACAAAAUCUGAAAUGUCCUUUGGUAUGUAGAGUAGGUUGUGUAAACAUUUUGGAAUUCAUUAUCCCUCCUUUAGGAGGAAUAAACUGACUGGUUCUCUGUGGCUGCAGGGACAUAAGCAUAUGUAAUAACACUGUUAUUCAAUUGACUAACAGUAGCUGAAGGCUCAAUAUUUAUAACAUGUAUGAAGAAGAUUUACUUCUACGUUUCUACAGCAGUUGACCUGCAUGUGUGUGUGUGUGUGCGAGAGGGAAGCUGAUCACAAUGGGGACUUAAAGGAAGGAACUCUUCCUGGGCUUGUCAUGUAAACACUUUAUUUUUGCACUUUGAUUUUACUUAAUAUUGCUUAAUUUAAAUCUGUGCUCCAAGUGGUAGUACUCUGUGUGUGUGCGUGUGUGCUUCUGGCUUUACAAGCUACACACCUCCCAUCCUUUGACCUCCACGCCCCCCCACAUGUACCUUGGGUGUUUACAAGUACAUUUUGAUUAUACACAUGUAACUUAAAAGUGAAGCAGGUAUUUGCAUAUUUAUUGUACAGAUCAUUCCACACACUGUGUGUGUGUGUACGUGCUUUUGAAUGAAAGGUAGACUGACAGAUACUUUCAUAACUUUUUCAUCCGUCAUUCUAGUGUCAUUUCUAUGUUCUGUUCUUCUACGAGAAACCUGCAGGCAAUAAUCUGGUAAUAAAGAAAUUCGGUUGUGCACAAC